UGGUUUGUUGGAAACCAAUAUUUUCAUGAAAUAGAAUAAUGUCAUAUUUGCCUCAAAAGAUACUUAAGAAAGAGAUGUUUUUGUCAGUGUCUGAUUUCUAGAGCUGAGUUCAGAGAUGAUACAAAAGAUGGGGACCAUCCACCGCAGUGGGUUUUCCAGAAGAGUAAAUGAUGGUCCCAGAAUUAUCAUUACCACAAUUCUGGGUAUGGUCUUUGGAUUUUUUGUUGGCAUUGCAUUACCAUCAGUUUCACUUACAAAGAUUCAUUUACCUUCAAGCAUUGUAUCAUCUUUUGAUGAAGCCAUGUUUGAUGGAAGAAGAUUUUCUAGAAGCAGAUCAAUUGAAGCUGUUUCAAAGGAAUUUCCUAAGAUAUAUGUUCCGACAAAUCCUCGCGGUGCAGAGUUAUUACCUCCAGGAAUAGUUGUUUCAGAGUCUGAUUUUUACUUACGCAGAUUAUGGGGUGAACCUAGUGAGGAUCUCAAGAAGAAGCCAAAGUACCUUGUGACAUUUACAGUUGGGUUCGAACAGCGCAAUAAUAUUGAUGCAGCUGUUAAAAAGUUUUCUGAGGAUUUCCAGAUUUUGCUUUUUCAUUAUGAUGGUCGGACAACUGAAUGGGACCAAUUUGAGUGGUCCAAGAAUGCAAUCCAUGUCAGUGUAAAGAAACAAACAAAAUGGUGGUAUGCAAAGAGGUUUUUGCAUCCCGAUGUCAUUGCACCUUAUGAAUUUAUCUUUAUCUGGGAUGAAGAUCUUGGAGUGGAACACUUCAAUGCAGAGAAGUAUAUUGAAUUAGUUAAGAAACAUAAGCUGGAGAUUUCCCAACCAGGCCUUGAGCCUAACAAUGGACUGACAUGGGAGAUGACAAAGCGGAGAGGUGACAGCGAAGUUCACAAGAAUGCAGAAGAAAAACCAGGCUGGUGCACUGGUCCCCAUGUGCCUCCAUGUGCUGCCUUUGUGGAAAUUAUGGCUCCCGUCUUCUCUAAGGAAGCUUGGCGGUGUGUCUGGCACAUGAUUCAGAACGAUUUGGUGCAUGGUUGGGGAUUGGAUUUUGCUCUCAGAAGAUGUGUAUCAGAGCCUGCACAUGAAAAAAUUGGAGUGGUUGAUUCACAGUGGAUUGUUCAUCAAGUAAUUCCUUCUCUUGGGAAUCAGGGCGUCGCAAAGGAUGGGAAAGCUCCAUGGGAAGGGGUGAGAGAAAGGUGCAGACUGGAGUGGUCUUUAUUUCAGGACCGUUUUGCUGAUGCAGACCGGGAAUACCUUGCACAGAAUGGGAAAAGGAUAAAUUAACUACCGGUACCCCUGCAUAUUCUUCAUCCACCCCUUUCCAUUGUACAGUACAAUGCUAGCUUUGAGAGUGCAUGUCAAAUUUAUUUUGUUAGAAGGCGGUGAACUCUCUUCUACGAACCACGUUUUUCUGUUGCCUUACAGAUACUCAGUCAUAUAUAAGGGAAGACCAUAUUUUUUCUUUUCUUCUGAUAUUUUCCUUUGCUUAUUCACAAUUCUUGUAUUCAACUCAAUUUCCUAAAUAGACUCAUUUCCGACCCUAUUUUGCACUGCCGUGCCUUGUAGAUAACAAUCUCGGGACAAAUCAGUUUUAGUAAUAGAGUAUUUUACCUCAUA